AUGCUUGCCACUAUAACACUCCGUAAGGUCACCCCUCUCAGUGUACAGGGGACUCUUAGGGCUGCUGCUACUGCUAGUAUGAUGAACUUGACUAAGCGUUGGAUCGGUAGCUUCUCGGAAGGGACGAAGGACAGUGGCCAGGCUACCAUCAAGACUACUAUAGUAGCAGGCACUGGAGACCCGUACAUGGCCAAUCCUGGUGCAAGGAUAUUCCCUGAGGCUACUAAUGUCACGGGAGUGACGGGAACGGCGUUUUUAGAGUUUUGGGUUGGCAAUGCUAAGCAAUCUGCUAUAUACUACAUGCAGUGUCUUGGCUUCCAGCCAGUGGCGUAUUCUGGUAUGGAGACGGGUAGAAUGGACAAGGCCUCCUAUCUACUGCGGCAAGGGAAUAUCAACGUUAUGCUAUCGUCGCCGUUACAGAAGGAUGGGGUAAUGAAUGACUUUUUGAAUAUACAUGGGGAUGGUAUUAGGAAUAUAGCUCUCGAGUGCCCUGAUGCAAAGAAGGCGCAUGACUUGGCGGUAUCCAAAGGGGCUAAGAGCUUCCAUGAGGUGAAGACUUAUAAAGAUGAUAAUGGAGAAGUGAAGAUUAGCGGUAUUCAUACGUAUGGUGAUGUGAAGCACCUGUUUGUGGAACGGGGAGGGUAUAAGGGGAAAUGUCUCAUGCCAGGUUUCGUCGAGUGGCAUGCAGGCUAUGAUGUAGAGGAUGUUGGAUUGAAGUAUGUGGACCAUAUGGUUGCUAAUGUUGGAUGGAAUGAGAUGGACGUAUGGGCCAAGUUCUAUCGGGAGGUCUUCGGUAUGGACCAGCUUAUUAGUUUCGAUGAUAAGGAUAUCUCUACGGAGUACACAGCCCUCAAGAGCAAGGUUAUGACAGUAGACACUGGCCUCGUGAAGUAUCCUAUAAAUGAGCCGGCUAAGGGGAAGAAGAAAUCACAGAUUGAGGAAUAUCUGGAGUAUAAUAACGGGCCUGGGGUACAGCAUCUGGCCUUGGCUACAGAGGAUAUCAUUCAUACGGUAUCGGCUAUGAGAGCUAGAGGGACCAGUUUCCUCAGGGUGCCUGAUACUUACUAUGAGAAUCUUGAGGACCGUGUUGGACCUAUUGAGGAGGAUGUGGCAGUGUUGAAGGAUCUGGGCAUCCUCGUGGACCGUGACGACAAGGGAUAUCUAUUGCAGAUCUUUACUCGUCCUCUCACAGAUAGGCCUACCUUUUUCAUCGAGAUCAUUCAAAGGCGUGGGGGAUUCUCAUUUGGUAAGGGUAACUUCAAAGCUUUGUUCGUAUCGAUUGAGGAAGAGCAGCGACGUCGAGGCACUCUUGUGGACUCCCCCUAA